GGCUGCUGCUUCGCAAGGUAUCCACUUGGAUAAGACCGCGCGCGCGUCUGCAACCAUGGCAAAAACAGCCCUGUGAGAAAGGCAUUCAAAUAACUUGUCUGAAGGUACAUACCUAGUUUCAAAAUAUUCUGGGAUCUUUAUAUUCUUCGUCUACCUGAUCGACAGCGGCCAUCUUAACGGUCGGAAAAAUUAGCACCUCUGUAUUGGUGCCAGUCAGACACGACAAAGACCUGGGAGAGGAUUUUAUUCUGGUUCGACUUGGUCUUGUUCGCUGAGCCAAGGUAAGCUUGCCAGCCUCGCUCGUACCCAGAAUACCAACCAACUAUCGACGCGCUAUAUUCAGUCCCAAUCCUUUGCUGCAUGAGAGGAAACGCAGCAACACGGCUUUUGGGAUUUUACCUUUGACCUUUAGCCCAAAGUACCAACCCCGUGCGAGCCAGCAUGGAUGCAGACUCAUACAGAUAUCGACCGCCGCGGCCAAAUUAUCUACCUCGCGACGUCGAGGUCGACAAACCAAUUGUUGAGGACUACGUGGAUCCUCUGGAUGUCGUCAGCGACGCCGACAAUGCUGCCUUCUAUAACAAGAUCAAGAGGGUGGCAGAGACCUACAAUAUAACUAGGCCUAAGGGACACAAUGUCUCCUUCCACGUGAACCCCGAAAUGGAGAAGCACCAUUUCGGACAGACGCAUCCGAUGAAGCCCUGGCGUCUUACCCUGUCAAAAGCCCUCAUAUCGUCGUAUGGCAUGAAUUUUGCUAUGGAUAACUACGUAUCCCGAGCGGCAACAUAUGAUGAGCUCACAAUGUUCCACGCCAGCGACUACAUUCAGUUCCUGGGAACGGUCCUACCGGAGCCUAUACCUAGGGAUGUCGAUAAUCCAUAUCCAGACCUCAAGUUUAACCUCGGAGGAUCCGACUGCCCCUUAUUCGAGGGUCUUUACGACUAUUGCUCCAUGUCUGCUGGUGGCUCAUUGGACGCCGCCAGGAAAAUCUGCAAUAACCAGUCUGAUAUUGCCAUCGCCUGGGGCGGUGGACUGCAUCACGCCAAAAGAUCCGAGGCAUCGGGCUUCUGCUAUAUCAAUGAUAUUGUCAUUGCAAUCUUGCAGCUUCUCCGGUGUCAUCCUCGAGUCCUAUACAUCGACAUCGACGUCCACCACGGCGAUGGCGUAGAAGAAGCCUUUUAUUCUACCGACCGCGUUAUGACCGUCUCCUUCCACAAGUACGACCCCGUCAACUUCUUUCCCGGGACUGGUCCGCUGGAUGAAAACGGACCCAAGAACGAGCUCAACCCUGGUGCGCAUCAUGCCAUCAAUGUUCCACUUAACGACGGCAUCACCGACGAUCAGUACUCGGCACUGUUCGAGAACGUCAUCGGGCAAUGUGUUGCCAAAUUCCGCCCGACAGCAAUUGCUCUGCAGUGCGGCGCUGACUCCCUUGCUGGCGAUCGCCUGGGACGCUUCAACCUGCAGGUGCAGGGCCAUGGCUCUUGCGUCGAGUUCUGCAAGAAACUUGGGAUUCCCAUGAUCCUCUUUGGCGGUGGAGGCUACACUCCCCGCAACGUUGCCCGUGCCUGGGCAUAUGAGACGAGUAUUGCCAUUGAUUGUCACGAUAAGAUCGACCCCGUCAUACCCCUUCACACGCCCUGGCGCGAUAAAUUUCGCCAGGACACACUGCUGCCUACGCUACAGCAAGUCGUUGGUGAGCCUCGCCAGAAUCGGAACACGCAGAAACGACUUCAAGAGAUCGUUCAGCAUGUCACUGAGCAACUGCGAUUUGUCAACAACGCCCCCAGUGUACAGUAUUCGGUCAUACCACCUGAUCUCCAGGGACUUCGGGAUGAGGUCGAGGCAAGGAUAAAGGAGGAGAUGGAGGAGAAGGAUGAAAGGUCCAGAAAGGCAGCCGAGGAGGGUGUUGGUCAAGCCAUGGAGUUUUAACAGGACUGACAGAAGAGUCUUUCUCUUGCACCCCAGUUUUUACCAACCAAAGAAAGGUCUCUUUCUGGAUACUAGCUUAGAAGUGCUGCCAUGUCAUAAUAUCGGAGAAUUGAGCUAUGUUCGGAUAUUUAUGGUUAUUGCUGAGAGGCUAUAUGCAUAGUCUGUCCAUAUUAAUAUGUCACCAUGUAGCGAUUAUUUUCCGGAAAUGACAGAAGUAGUAGGGCCCAACCAUUCCUUUUUUGGCGUUGUAUUCAAAACUAUUUUAUUUCCUCGG